UGAAGGACAUCUCAAUUCGGAGAGCUCUCAGGCUGCAGUACGAGGUAAUUAGAAAUAUUUUCGAUCGAGCUUGUCAUAUAUAUAGUUGGAACAACAUUUUCACACUGGGUAUUGUUAUCGUCGCUCUAUUUGUGCUUGAUAUUGACCAGUCGAAAACCGCCAGGCUGAAAUACUCUUUCGCUCUAUGCAAGCUCAAUUGUAGUUCAGCCGUUUAUUUUGGUUCCCUACAUUGAUGUUAUACAUUUUGGUUGAGGGGUAUCAUGGCUGAUCCCACAUGCCGUAGUGGAGUUCGGUCGCUAGGAAUACCAUCCCAUGGUUUGUCACUCGCUUAGGCUACUCUUCCCCUAAUGGUGGGGUAUUGUAUUCAUCAGUUUGACAUUGUUCUCAUCGUUUAUGUGCCUGGACAGUAAACACAGACACUCAGCCGCGGAAAUUUCAAAAAAGGUGAUCGAACCCGGAGGAUAUGGAGUGCCCGAGAAGAGGAGAUAUUGGCUGCAUCAAUGCUUGAGCUACUUGCUCAAGGAUGGAAAUCCAACAAUGGCUUUCGUACUGGGUAUUUGGGUAAGAUUGAGGACAGUCUACGCAAGGAAUUUCCGAAUACCGAUCUCAAAGGCACGCCCCAUAUCACCUCCAGGAUAAGCGUGUGGAAGAAGAGCUACACAAGCCUGACAAAAAUACUAGGCCGGAGUGGCGUGGGAUUCAAUUCGGAUGGGAAAUAUAUGAUCGAAUGCGAUGACGAUCAGUGGGAGGCAAUCGUCCAGGCUGAUAAGGAUGCGAAGUUCACGCGGGCCAAGUCAUGGCCGUUAUGGGAAACAUGGAAGGCCAUUUUUGGAAAGGAUCGUGCUAGCGGUGCAGGGGCAGAACAAGUUGAUGAUUCGGUGCAGUGGCCCAAGUGGUAGCGAGGUCAAUGAGAACGAGUUCCCAGGCUUCGAAGACCAUGAUUCCGACAAUGUGGUUCAUCUGUCACAGGCGUCGGGCUUUGAAGGCUACAGCUCCGGUAACAAUGGCAAACAAGCUUCCAUCAACAAGUCCGGCGGGAGUCAGAAGCGCAAACACGGUGGAGCCGAUGCAGCACUUAUGGAAUUCCUCUCAAAUCUGCAUGAUGAGACGAACGCUCGCCUCGAGGUGAUUUCAUCGAGAAUCGACUAUGAAUUCAAUCUUGGAAAGGCUAAGCAAGAUGUUUUCGACAAGCUGAAAAUUGUGGAAGGCCUCACGCUCGAUCAAAGGUACGAACUGUGCAACAUCUUAAGCGACAAGCCGCAGCAGCUUGAGGUAUUCAUGGGAAUGAGAGCUGGCGCUCGUCUUGGAUACCUGUUGAAGCUUAUCGAGGAGAAUCAGAAAGUAAUGUGAAAUGAGAUUAAUGGUGAAUUGCGUGCCUUUUGUUGCUACCUUUAUCGGUUGGGGCAAACUGAUGCAAAAUGGUAAUUAGAUCGCAAACGCAUAUUUUGGAUGUAGCUAGCGUGUAUUAGGAUAUGAACCUUUGAUGACUAUGCGCUCUAUCGAGCAGUUUGUACAGCUCCUAUUGUAUGAAGUGAUGCAUAUGCUAUACUUAUGUGCUU